CACUACAACGGUAGACGUCUAUAACUACGUUCCCGAUUAAAACCGUACCGUAAUCGGUUUACCUAGAGUAAAUGCGUGUUUUUUUUGUUUUUUAAUUCUUUUAAAUUCAAUUUAUUGUUUAUAUCAAUUACCAAUUAAAACAUAUGGUAAGAAAAGAGUUCUGUAUUAAAUGCAGACAGAACGGUUUAUUACAUAUUAUUACUUAAAUAAAUAUAUCUAUGUAUAUAAUAUUAUGAUUGCAUUCGAAUAAUUUUAUUACAAUUCAUAAAAUAUCGUUUGAACUUUAAAAUAAAUAAUUAUUUCGUGUAAAUUAGUGUAUACUAUUUUUAUAAAAAUGGAAUUAGGUACUCAUACCGUAUAACAUAACAUGUAUUAUUUUUUUCUUGUUUUAGUUUUAUUAAUUUGUUAUUGACAUAUUACAAAUCCAAUAAUUGUAUUUGAAAAUAAUACGGAUAUUAAUAGAAUUCAAUGUUAAUAUGGCACACAUAACAACUGGAUUGAUAAGUUCACUAAUGGUUUUUAUCUUGGUGAGUAUACCUACAUUUUAUUAUUAAUACCUUAAUUUGUAGGUGGUUUUCUAAUAUUUAUUUCUGAUAUAUAUUAUUGACACCUAUGUACUAUUAUGUUACUAUACCUAGUACCUAGUUAUUUAAUGAGCAUUAUUGGACGAAUAUUUAAUAAUUUCAAACAAAUCAAAUAAUUUUAUUUGUACAUAUAUAUUUUAAAAUAUCAAUAAAAAUUAAAAGUGAAUGAACAGAUAAUAAUUAUACCUAUAUAGGUACUUUUUAUAAUAUUUUUUUUAUUCCAAUAACAGGAAAAGAAAUGAAUCAAAUUAGUAGUUUCAGAGAUUACAUUGGUGUCAUAUCUAAUCUCCAUUUUAUCUAUUCAUUAACAAAAUAUUAAGAAUGUAAAAAACACCUGUUACCCUUUUGAUUAUUACCUUAGAAAAUAUAAGUAAAAGUAAUAAUGUUUCAUUUUUUCUGUUAUAUAUAUAUAUAUAUAUAUAAUUAUAUUCAAAUUUGAAUAAUCUUUAUAUCCCAAAAUUAUGUGAAGAGAUAACAAUAUUAAAAUUUUUAAUUAUUUAUUUAUUACAAACUUAUGUAGGUACCUAAAUACAUUUAUAUAUAUUUUUCGUAUGGGAUACAAAGGGUAUGAUAAAAUUAUUUUUAUAGUAGCGCAAAUUACAAAUAUUUUAACCAUAGCCCUCCACAGAUUUAUUAACUUGUAUUAUAGAAAUACAAAUAAAUAUACAUAGAAAUCAUGCCUAGUAGUGAGCCAUUAUACAUUUUAUUCCAUAGGGAACUAAUAUUCAUACAUUUAUUACAAAUAAUAUGCAAUGUAAAAUUGUUGAACAUAUUAUGUUAACCAAUUUUAUAUUCUAGUGAAAUUGUUAUUUAUCAUUCUCAAUUGUUAUAUUAUUAACUUAUAUAUUAUUAUUUAGUAUUUAACAACCAAUCAUUGUUAUUAAUAAACAUUUUGUUUAUGCAAUUAAUAGAUAAUGCAAGGAAAUGUUUCUCGAUCAAUACCAGAAGGUGCUAUUAAUACGAUCACUGAUUUUGAAUGUCAAACAGAUAAUGACUGUUUUGAAAAAAAUACUUAUUGUGAUGUCAGUUUAAAUUUGUGUUCACAAUGUUUGAAUUGCAGCAUUUAUUUUAGAACACCCAAAAAACAUAUUGAGUGCCCAAAAGAUUUAUCGGGUUGCAGUAAUUGUUUAGAUGGGUGAGUAUUAAAAAUGUUAAAUAACUACAUAUAAUAACUAUAUAAUUUAAUUUUGGUUUUAAUAGGUACUGGGAGGAAAUAUUUUUUGGGGGAGAAAUUCGUGAUAUUUGCAUUCCAAUUAAUACUAUCAACGUUCUACCGACUGCAGGUACCUAUGCAAUUUUAUUAUUUUUAUUUUAUUUAUAAUUUUAUAACAUAUUUUGUUUUAUUCUAUCAACAUAAAAAUGACUAAUAAGACUUUCUGGCUUUAUUUUUAAGUGAGAAGAUUAUUUAUUUUUUCUAAUUUAAAAACAUAUCUACUUAAAUUAAUGCCAUGUUUUUAUUUAUUCAUCACCUAAUUUUUAAUAUAAGUAACAUUUGUUUUAAUUAAAAUUUUAAUAAAAUAAAUUUGUUAAAGUGCAUCAUAAUAAAGAUUAAAGUAGUUUUUUGUUCUUAAAAUUUGGUCAAGCUAUCCUUGAAAUUUGUUCUAAAAAUAUAAAAAUAAAUUGUGCACAAUUUUGUAAUAAUUGGUCAACCCUUAAAUAUAUGACUCAAAACGGUUAAAGUACAGAAAAAGGUGUUCUCAAUUUUUUGAAAUUACAUCAUCAAAUAUAAUUAUUAUUUUUAAUAGUAAAAAAUGCAUAAAAUAAUAUAUUUCUUUAAUGAUUGCUUUUAUAAUCAAAGUGAACUGGAUAAGUUUUUAAUUAUUGGCUUAUCCUUAAAUAUAUUUAAAUAUAAGGUUCUAAUUUUCACACAUAGUCGUUUGCCAAUAAUCACUUUUAUAAUAUUUUAGAUUUAGAUAUUUUACAUGCUGAUAAAUUUGUAAUUGAUCUUAGUUUUAAGCUUACCAUUUCACUUGAUCCAAAAACACAUGAUGAAAUGGUUUAUUGUAUGUUUUCAUCAUACAACUUAUUCACUUAAAGAGUGAAAAGAUGGUUUUCAGUACUCAUUGUAUUAUUUUGUAAGUGAAUCAAUUUUUAAAUGAAAAAAUUAGAAGUAAUAAUUGUUUUAGAAAAUUUUAUUUAAAACUAUUUUACUCUUUAACAUUUUUGUCUAUUAUAAAUAUUACAUAGUUUAAUUUCUUUGAUGCACCCCUCUUAGAGUUAACCAAUAUUUUUGAAAUUUGACAUAAAUUAUAUUUUACAGUUUUUAAGAAAUUCUAAAGGUUGCCUGAUCAAAAUUUGAAAAAAAAAAUCCCUACCUUUCGAUAAAAUAAAUAUCACUAAUAUAUACAUGUUACCAAUAUAUUUUGAAGUAUGUUUUAAAACUCACUAAUCAAAUUUUCAGAAAAAAUAAGUUCAAAUUUUUACUGGCAAAAUAUUGGAAUUGUUUUCAUAAUUGUAAAUAUGGUUUUACUUUCUCUAUUAUGGACUUACCAUUAUAAAAGUAAGCAGAGUCCUUAUUUAAUUAGUAUUUUUAAGAAAUUUAAGUUUAAAAUAAUGUUUAUUAUGUAGGAGUUUUCGGAAAUAAUUUAAAUAGUAUGUCAAAUAAUUCACAAGCAUAUGUUGAAAAUCUACCACCGCCAUAUAAUAGUUGCAUGAAAUUAGACAACUAUGUGACAGGUAAAACCAAUUUAAUAUUAAAUAUGGUUUUGUAUAAAACUAUUAUUAUUUAAACAAAAUAUAAUAUAAUAAUAACACUUUCUAACAAUUUAGAUGAUACUCAAGAAUUUCAUUUGUUUACUGGUGAACAACCUCCCAGAAACGAAUGGAGACACCAAAAUGCUGUGCCAUUUCGUUUAGAUUCUCCAGAGUAUGUAUACAGGUGUCCCAUAAAUAUUUAAAAUGGGUAUAUCUUUGUUAAAGAUAAACAAAUUCUUGGUUUUUUUUCUUUUUUUAAAAAAAUUUAUUAUAAUCUAUUAUUAAUAGUCAAUUAAUUUUUUUAACUUUUGGUGAAAAACUUAGAAAAAUAACUUUAUUUUAUUGUUUUUAAAAAAUCUAAAGAAAGCCAUUUUUGUAGUUUAUUCUUAUAAAAAUGUUGAUUUAUCAAUCAGUUCAGAGAAAACAACAUAAUAAUAAUAAUAAUAAUCAGUUAGCAAAUUCAUUACAGCCUGCUACAUAAUUAUAAGUACUUUUCUCUGAACGUUAAAAAAACACAAAUUUUAAUGAAAAUAAAAAUUGAUCAGUCAUAAUAUUAAGACGAAUAAACAUUAUAAAAUGUUUAUCUCCAAAUUAUUUUACAAAAACAUAAAAAUUCAAUUAAAAUAUAAAUAGUUUUAGCCUUUAUACCUGACUGAUAGCAAAAAAAAUUUGAAAAACAGAAUUUAAUUAUCUUUAUUAUCUCUGGAGAUAUUUUAAAAGGUUUAUCUUUGUGGGACACCUGAUAUAAUUUAUAAAUAUUGAUAAACAAUUGGUUAGUAAUUAGGUAUUUUAUUUAUUAGAAAUAAUAAUCUAAUGGAUGAAAACGAAAACACUGAAGAAGUAAAUGAUACUGCUAUGAGAGGUAGAUAUUUUUAUAUAGAAAUUUUUAUUUUUGCAAAUAUAAACAAUUGCAUAGAAAUACUUCAUUUUAAUUAUUUUAAUUAGAUGUUGAAAAUCUUGAAUUACAUGAUGAGGAAACAAUGCCAAGUGAAUGGACUCCACCACUACCACCUUCAUCACCGGUUGUUGAGCCAGAAGUGUAAGUUUAAAAUAAAAAAUAUUGAAAUAGAAAAUUUGUUCAAUAAAUUAUAUUCUUAUUAUAGAUUAAAUUUUCGAAGUAAUUUUCAAAUUAGCUCACCACCACCCAAACGUAGAAGACUUGUUUUACAAUCAUCUAAUGAAAAGACUGAUUAUGAAGACGAUGAUAAUGCAUCAGAUAUGUCGCAAGAUGAAUUAUAAAACUAAAACUAUUAGAUUUACUAAGUUUAAUUCAAAUAAUUUGCAUAUUUUAGUUUUUUAAGUUUGUAUGUUAAUUUAAAUUAAUGUUUGUACAUAAGAAAUAUUUUUAAUUAAAAUUUAAUGUUAAACUAGUAGUAAUUAAGUAAUUUGUAAGACUUAAAUUUUUUUUUCUGAAUUUGUUUUACUUAUUUUUUUAUAAAUUAAAAUGUAAAUAAUUAUUGGAA